CGCCAGGCUCAGGCCUAGGCCCCGCGGUGCCGCUCCCGGUGCCGGUCCCCGUCCCGCCGCCGCCGCCGCCGCCAUGCUGGUGCCCGUGUUCACGCUGAAGCUGAGCCACAAGAUCCUGCCCCGCACCGUGGCGCUGGGCCGCUUCGACGGGACCCACCCGUGCCUGGCGGCCGCCACCCAGGCGGGCAAGGUCUUCGUCCACAGCCCUCACGGCCAGGGGCACCGGCCCGGCCCGAGCCGCAUGGUGCCGAGCAGCCAGGACGCCGCCGUCUCGCUCCUCAACAUCAACCAGGGCAUCUCCUGCCUGAGCGCCGGGCCGCUGCGCCCGCAGCCGGCCGCCGACUGCCUGCUGGUGGGCACCGCCACCAGCCUGCUGGCCUACGAUGUGUACAACAACUCGGACUUGUUUUACAGAGAGGUUUCGGAUGGAGCCAAUGCAAUAGUUCUUGGAAAGCUGGGAGAUAUUGCAUCUCCGCUUGCUAUUAUUGGUGGAAACUGUGCCCUGCAAGGCUUUGAUUACGAAGGAAAUGACCUUUUUUGGACGGUUACUGGAGACAACGUUCGUUCAUUAGCACUGUGCGACUUUGAUGGUGAUGGCAAAACGGAGCUUCUUGUUGGCUCUGAAGAUUUUGAUAUCCGAGUAUUUAAAGAAGAUGAGAUCGUGGCAGAAAUGUCAGAAACAGAGACUGUUACAGCACUUAGCCCCAUGUACGGCAGUCGCUUUGGCUAUGCUCUUUCUAACGGGACGGUCGGAGUUUACGACAAGACAGCCCGCUACUGGAGGAUUAAGUCUAAGAACCACGCGAUGAGCAUACAUGCGUUUGACCUCAACUCCGAUGGAGUAUGCGAGUUGAUCACUGGCUGGUCCAAUGGGAAGGUUGAUGCGCGCAGUGACCGAACGGGGGAGGUCAUCUUUAAGGACAACUUUGCCUCCUCGAUUGCAGGUGUGGUGGAGGGAGAUUACAGGAUGGACGGGAGCACCCAGUUAAUCUGCUGUUCAGUUGAUGGUGAAGUCCGGGGCUAUCUGCCAGGAGGUGAGGAGACGAAGGGAAACCUGAUGGAUACAAGUGCUGAGCAGGACCUGAUCCGAGAACUUAGCCAAAAGAAACAAAAUCUGCUCCUGGAAUUAAGAAAUUAUGAGGAAAACGCCAAGGCUGAACAGAACACUCAACUGAAGGAAGCUGAUGGGCAGAGAGGUGUGAUUCCAGCAAAUACCCAACUCCAGACCUCCCUGUCAGUUAAUCUGGGCUCUGACAGCCAGUCUGCCCACGUGGAGCUGUGUAUUUCCACCACAAAUGACACAAUCAUCCGUGCUGUGCUGAUCUUUGCUGAAGGCAUAUUUGAAGGAGAGAGCCACGUGGUACACCCCAGUCUCCAGAACCUCUCAGGUUGUGUUCGGGUUCCCCUCGCUCCACCCAAAGAUGUCCCCGUGGAUUUGCACAUCAAAGCCUUCGUGGGUUACAGGAACAGCACACAGUUCCAUGUCUUUGAGUUGACGAGGCAGCUUCCCCGCUUCUCCAUGUAUGCCCUGAGCAGCCCAGACUCAGCCACAGAGCCGCUGAGCUUUGUUAACUGUACAACGAAUGAGAGGCCGCAGAGGAUUGUUAUGUGGCUGAACCAGAGCUUCUUGCUGCCAGAGGAUGCAGAGUUUCAGAGUGCUCCCUUUCAGGUUUGCUUCACUUCCCUUCGUAAUGCAGGUCAGCUCUUCAUCAAAAUCAAGUCUGGUGGAGAGAUUUCAAUUAGUACGGAUGAUAUUGAUUUAGCUGGUGACAUUAUCCAGUCAAUGGCCUCCUUUCUGGCAAUUGAAGAUCUGCAGGUGGAAGCAGAUUUCCCUGCGUACUUUGAGGAGCUGAGGAAAGUGUUGGUCAAGGUGGAUGAGCACCACUCGGUGAAUCAGAGGCUCACUGCUGACAUGGCCGAGCACUCCAACCUCAUCCGCAGCAUGCUGGUUCAGGCAGAAGAUGCGCGACUCCUGGGAGACAUGAAAAACAUGAAAACACGGUACAUCGAGCUGUAUGAUCUUAACAGAGAUUUAAUAAAUCAAUACAAAAUUCGUUGCAACAAUCACACUGAGCUGUUGAAUAACCUGAAAGCCGUGAACCAAGCAAUCCAGAGGGCAGGCCGGUUACGUGUUGGCAAACCUAAAACACAAGUGAUCACUGCUUGUCGGGAUGCGAUAAGAAGCAACAACUUUAAUGUGCUGUUCAGGAUAAUGCGUGUGGGGACAGCAUCUUCUUAAAACGACUAGAGGAACAGCAGUGGUGUAGUGGUGAUGUUUCCCUGCAGUAGGCAGGUACUGGACCAAAAAUGACAAGCAUUUCAUUCAGUUCCCUGCUCCAUUGUAGAGUGGAGUAAUUGCAAAGGUAGGAUUUUAGUUAAGCCAUCAGGUAAGAAGUGUCAUUUAUGCAGGCCAAAGGACAGGAAGCUUCUUGAAGAGAGCAGCGGAGUUUAAGUGCAGAUGUGGUAUUUAUGUAAGGCAGAGGUAUAACCUUGAAACACUAAUUUUUCUUACAGGAUCUUAUUUAUGUAUUUUAAUAUAUUUUGUAGUUACGGCAUCAGUCUUUACCAUUAAAACAUAGACUGGUUUGA